CGGGCGAAGCUCCCAUCGUGCCACGAAGCGUACCUGAUCUCGUCUCAUCCACACACCGACAUUUUUGAAUGAGAUUCCACCAAUCCUCCGCAAUUAUGGAUCGUCAGUUCAAAUAGAAGUUACUCGCUCUGUUUCCCUCGAUUCCCUCUAAUCUCGAUACCAGAGCCACUUCUCGAUAGCCUUAUCAGACCCCGAGUUACACACAUGUUGGAAUCUUGCAUAAUCUCCUGCAGCUAAAGAGCUACCCUAGUCCGACCACCGCUUUAUCAAGGUCGUUUCCGCCUCAACCCAAGCUCUUUGAAGUCGACAUCCUCUCUACACCACCUUCAGGAAUUGAUACCCAAAGAUUCAGUCAAAAUGGCCGAACCCAACAAUACACCAUGGCCCCCAGCAACACCACAAUCUCAAACCCCUCGCUCCGCCUCGCCCGUCCUCCACGCCCAUCCCAACAGCCAAGUAGAACCCAUCGCGGCAACACCGCAAACAGCAUCCACAAACGGCACCCAUAAGCCUCGCGUCCUACACAUCGGCGACCCGAUCAAGUACAACCCGGAAACCUACGCCGCCUUCUCGGCGCAAUGCGACAUCAUCCGCCCCUCAACGCCCGAACGCCAGCGCCCCGCAUUCGCCGCUGCCCUACGGGACGGCAAGUGGGGCGACUUUUCCGCCGUCUUCCGCCCGUUCUGGGGCACGGGCGGCGAGAUGGGCACGUGGGACGCCGAGCUGGCUCCGCUGCUGCCGGCGAGCUGUCGGGUGUUUGCCAGCGCCGGCGCCGGGUUCGAUUGGGCUGAUACACAGCUUCUCGGUGAACGAGGCAUCAUAUACUGUAAUUCAGGCCUCGCCGCCGCCGAAGCAGUCGCAGACUUCGCCGUCGCCCUCGUCAUCUCAACCUUCCGCCACCUCCCCUGGUGCAUGACAUCCGUCUCCGACCCGUCCGCCUUCCAAGACUGCCACGCCCGCGCCACGGCCGCCUCGCACACUCUCCGCGGCCACGUCCUCGGCCUCGUGGGCAUGGGCAAUAUCGGCCAGCAGAUCGCGCAGCGUCUCGGCGUCGGGUUCGGUAUGGAAGUACACUACUUUGACGUCGUCCGCAAAGACCCCGUUGCCGUGGAGGCCAGAUUUGGCGCGACAUUCCACGAGACGAUGGAGAGCUUGCUUCGCGUCUCGGACUGUGUUGUGCUAUGUACGCCUGCUGGUGGUAAGGUUAUCACGGCAGAGUCACUGACAUGGUUCAAGCCUGGGUCGAGGUUUGUGAAUAUUGCGAGGGGGAGUUUGGUUGAUGAGGAGGCUUUGGCGGGUGCGUUGGAGUCUGGGCAGAUUGGGACCGUUGCGUUGGAUGUGCAUGCUGAUGAGCCGAAGCCGCAUCCGAGGUUGCUCAAGAUGGCGGGGACGAAGGCCAUGUUGACAUGUCAUAAUGCUGGAGGGACGGUUGAGACGCACAAGGGGUUCGAGGAGUUGAGUAUGAGGAAUAUCAUGGCGGUGUUGGGUGGAGGGAAGCCGAUUACGCCGGUUAAUCUGCACUAUUUGAAGCAGUGAUGAGCCAAGUAGAAUAUGCCUUUGCUCACCAUUCCUCGGAGUCAAAUGAGCUGUAAGAGGGGUUUGUUCUUUGCAGGAGGAAGAAGCUACUUGUUCGACUUAGACGGUUAUACAUACGACUUGGCACCCACAAAUCAUCGCCGCCCUGCAAAACGACUGGAGUAAUAGAAUCCAACCGUGGAUGUUGAAUACCGAUGUGAAGCAACUGAUGUUGAGGUACAUUUACCGAAAGGGUUUUGUUCACAUGUCCAGAACCCUUGAAUCAAGACCUCGCAUAUGCGCUAGAUAGGCGCU